UCAAAACUCGACAUUUAUUUAAGGGAUGAACAUACACUCAUUUACCAUCAGCAUCAGCAUAUCAACAUAAGCACACAUUUACAACUUAUAUGAUAAGGAUGUGUACCAACAACACCACCACCACAGUCGAUAUUGUCCAAGGUGUGAUGUACAUUCCUGUGUUCCUCUUCGGGUUCUUCAUCCAUGUUGCUGCUCUUCGUGCCUUCAUUGUUAAACGGAACUCCUGGACGGACACCCACAUUUACAUGCUCAACCUGGCUAUAGCUGACACCACUUUGGUCCUCUUUCUUCCCGUUAGGAUCUAUGACGCCUUCAUCUGCCUGCCUAUUACUUACUUUUGCACUGUCCUAAUCAGCAUACACUACAUCAACAUGUAUGCAAGCAUCCUGACCACCGCAGCCAUUAGUGUCCACCGCUACCUGGCUGUGAGGUUCCCUAUGCAGACCAGAUCCUGGAGGAAGAAGAAAGCGAUAGCAGUGGGUGUGUGCUUCAUCAUCUGGGGACUUCUGAUAGGAACAUGUGCUGCAUUCAGUGGGGAGAACAGCCCGGAAAAACUCUGGACUUGCUAUGAAAGACGUAAAAAUAAACCACUUAAUAAAACCUUUAUGAUAUUUAUGGUGGUCGUAGGCUUCCUCAUUCCACUCAUUAUUGUUCUGUUCUGUUCAAGUCAGAUCCUCUCUGAUUUAUCAAAAGUGGAUAACACGUCAGCAAACAAGAAGGCUGUUACUGGCAUAGUUAGAGCAAACAUGAUUGUAUUCAUUGUAUGUUACACACCAAUCCACAUUGGCUUUUUGGUAAACUACUUUAUUAAGCCACCUCCAAACUGGCAGAAUACAGUCAUGCCUGCUCAUAUAUAUCUAAUCGUGUCUGAGUGGAUUGCCUCUACAAAUUGCUGUUUCGAUUCAAUUAGUUAUUACUUUUUACUAAAAAGCUCUUUUUCAUGAAAUCUCAUCAUUUAUACAGCUUAUAUAUUGUUAUUUUAGAUCAUUGCGGUAAAGGUUAUAAAUUGUUUAAAAAUAAAUAUAAAAUACAGGAAUUAUGGUUAGUGACUGAAUGAUUCUACUAUUGGAAGUGGUUUUCAGCAUUUAUUUUCCUGAAAGGUUCUGUUUGCAAACUGAGCUGGAACUGUAAAAACUGUUAGAUAUUUAUGUGUAACGUAUUUCUGUUUGAUGUAUUUUAAUAUUUAUAUUUAUAUUCAGAGAUCACAAUGGGACUGAAUCACUUACCUGGAUGUUUAGACCUUGUACAGGCCUGUGUUCAUGCAUUUGUUUGCAGGGUACGAGUGAUAAAAUACCUGCUAACUGACCCAUCCAACCUUUUGCUGCUCACUGAAAGGUUAGCACAAACAAGAAUUCAUCUGUGACCUCCAGACUGAGAGUGACAGGGAAGUCGUCUGGUCAGUUUUUGUGACGCAUCUCUUACCAUUAGGCCUCACAUGGGUUUUGAUUCAAUCUUCUUUGUCUUGUCUGUUUUUGCCACACUCACCUCCUGACUAACACAUUUAAUCUGUGCUGUAUAAUAGAAGCCAUUUC